CGCCGCUCUUCGUUUGCUCGCCGGCGGUGCCACCGGGAGAUGAUAAGACCUGACGAGGAGGAUGAGGACCAUCUGUGAUGUCUGCGAGAGCGCCCCUGCCCUUCUCUUUUGCGCCGCUGAUGAAGCCGCUCUCUGCCGAGCUUGCGACGAUAAGAGUGCAAAUGGGUGCAGGGAAAUUUCUCUGGCAGACAUGCAUGGAUACUGCUUUAUUUGGAAGUGGUUCAUGAGUGAAAAUAAUGGCUGAGACCUCCAAGUGGUGUAUUCUCAUAAAGAAAUCAUAGGUUCAUAUGUGCAACAAGCUUGCUAGCCGACAUGUGCGUGUAGGACUUGCUGACCCAAGUGAAGUUCCUCGUUGUGACAUAUGUGAAAAUGCACCUGCUUUCUUCUAUUGUGAGAUAGAUGGAAGCUCCUUGUGCUUGCAAUGUGACAUGAUUGUGCAUGUCGGAGGAAAAAGAACUCAUGGAAGAUAUCUGCUCUUGCGGCAGCGGGUUGAGUUUCCAGGUGAUAAACAAGCUCACAUGGAAGAUGCCGCCAUUCAACCUAAGGACCCUGUUGAAAGUGGCAGGGACCCUUAUCAGGCACUUAAAUCAGUCACUAGAGGCCGGAUGCAAAAUCAUAGGAUUCCUACUGCUGCAACUUUAGAUGAAAAUAAUGAUGAUCAUGGCAAGAUUGAUUUAAAUAUGCGACCCCUUAGAACUCUAGGGCAGGCUUCAAACCCACAGCCACAGGGUGUCGAUCUUUCGAGUGGUAACAACCAUGACACCGCCGGAGUGGUUCCAACGGGGCCUUUUAAAGGCGACGUAGAGAAGUGAGAGUACACGCCCCGGCCACUGUUAAUUUCCCGGUAAAUGCUCUUUGGUUUUUUGGCCAUUUGUUUUAUGAGAAAGUGAGAGAUGCUCAUAUCUCAUGGAUAUUAUUAGUCAGAAGGGACAUAUGUUAUCUUUGUGCAUAAUUCCCAUUAAGCUAUUGAUGUACCUUAGUUCUUGGAUAAUAAUGAGUUCAUUUGGACACCAUGUACAAAUUUUCCAAAAAGGGAAAAGAAAUUCAGGUGCA